CCUAAUGAAAUGAGCUCGCGAUCUCCCUUCCUUAUCCGGCAUCGGCGCGCGCCACUAGCGAAUUCGCGUUGGUAGCCAACAACCUCUUCCCGCCCGGAAGACGUGCUGCUGCCUCCAACUCCGAUCCAAAUCGAGUUCCAGUCACCACCCUCCAACGUUUGUUGCGAGCAGAGUUCCUGUCCGACCUCCAAACUCCCCCCAAGAGUUCCAGAUUCCUUCGAUCUUAUCCCUCGUCCUUCCAGCUCCGCCUCCGCCCGCCUGGAUCCACCCUGCCUCGCUAUUAAUACCGCCCGUGGUUCCUGCCUCCGAUCUCCGUUCCCAGGCCUCUCUCCUCGUUCCGCGGAGGAAACGCGCCGCCUGCAGCCCGCGCUCUUUCCCUUCGCCGUUUUUAGCUCGCGCUCGGAUCUCGCCCCCGUCGCGUGCGCCUGCUGUUCCUGUCGGCGCUGCUAGAAAGGCGGGCCCUUUCAGCCGGCCGGCCUCUCGUGAGCCGUGAUCUUUCCUUCUCCUCCUUGUACCCGUAGGAGGUGCCGCCGCCAUGAACGCGCUCGCCGCCACCACCCGCAACUUCCGGCGCGCCUCAAGGCUGCUCGACCUCGACCCCAAGCUCGAGAAGAGCCUGCUUAUACCGUUCCGCGAGAUCAAGGUGGAAUGCACCAUCCCCAUGGACGACGGCAAGUUGGCGUCCUUCGUGGGGUUCCGCGUGCAGCAUGACAACGCUCGUGGACCGAUGAAAGGCGGUAUCCGCUAUCACCCAGAGGUUGAGCCAAAUGAAGUAAACGCACUUGCACAACUGAUGACAUGGAAAACAGCAGUUGCAGCAGUACCUUAUGGUGGAGCAAAGGGAGGGAUUGGGUGCUCUCCCGGUGAACUAAGUAGAAGUGAGCUGGAGCGGUUGACACGCGUAUUUACACAGAAAAUCCAUGAUCUUAUCGGGACUCAUACUGAUGUCCCAGCUCCUGACAUGGGGACCAAUGCACAGACCAUGGCAUGGAUAUUAGAUGAGUACUCGAAGUUCCAUGGACACUCCCCUGCAGUUGUCACAGGGAAGCCAAUAGAUCUUGGUGGAUCCCUGGGGAGGGAUGCAGCCACAGGGCGGGGUGUGAUGUAUGCUACCGAGGCUCUCCUGGCUGAAUAUGGAAAAUCCAUUUCUGGAUCGACUUUUGUUAUUCAGGGUUUCGGUAAUGUUGGUUCAUGGGCCGCACAACUUAUCCAUGAGAGGGGUGGUAAGAUAACAGCCCUUGGGGACGUGACUGGUUCAAUUAGAAACAAGGCUGGCAUAGACAUACCUGCUUUGAUGAAGCACAGGAAUGACGGCGGUGCUUUGAAAGAUUUCCAUGGCGCAGAAGUUAUGGAUUCUGCUGAGUUGCUAGUGCUUGACUGUGAUGUUCUUAUCCCCUGUGCCUUAGGUGGUGUUCUUAACAAGGACAAUGCUCCAGAUGUGAAGGCCAAGUUUAUAAUUGAAGCUGCUAACCAUCCAACUGAUCCAGAGGCAGAUGAGAUUCUCGCCAAGAAGGGAGUAAUUGUAUUACCUGAUAUCUAUGCUAAUUCUGGUGGUGUGAUAGUUAGCUACUUUGAGUGGGUUCAGAACAUUCAAGGUUUCAUGUGGGAUGAAGAGAAAGUGAACAAUGAACUAGAAAAGUACAUGAGAAGUGGUUUCCACCACACCAAGGCCAUGUGCAAGUCUCUAGAUUGCGACCUUAGGAUGGGGGCAUUCACUUUAGGAGUUAACAGGGUUGCUCGCGCCACCCUCUUGAGAGGCUGGGAGGCAUGAGACCAUUAAUGGCAUACAGAUUCAUCAGAUUCGACAUUCAAUAAUUCAUGUCCAACAAUGUUGGGUGUUCGAUGACCAGUGUUAGAUCUGCUAAAAUUCAUCAGAAGUGGCCGGCUUGGAAGGAGUCCAGUUGAAAUAAUAUUCUGGGUGCUGUGCUUUUUUGUACCUUCUUUUUUCACCAAUACACUGUCCUGGGUUGCAAAUGGUUACUUAUCCAGUUUCUGGUGAUGGUUAAUGGAAAAUUUAUUUAAAGCA